AUGUAUAUCCCAAAGAAAUACCGCAAUCACAAUCUGAUCUACAUUUUGAUGGCCGUGGAGCUCGCGUUCAUCAUUCCCAUCCUCACAUUCACCGGCAUCGCCGCACACGAUCGCUCAUUUAUUGAUGGAGAAGUUCCGCUCCACAUUCUUGGCAUCUUAUACCCCAUAGUCCUGGGCAUUGUCCAGACCGGCCUGAUCGUCGUCUAUUGCGUCUCCGCCGCAUGGCAAGCCGGCAGCGAUACCUCGGACCCAGACCACCGCCAGUCCGGGGCCCCAUGGUACAUCACCAAGAACUGCAAUGUCGCCCAUGACUCAGGAAACGUCACAUACUGCCAGCAAGCCAAGGCCCUUUUCGCAUUCACCAUCCUCAUCAUUGUCUUGUACACUGUCGAACUAGGCAUCGCCAUCCAAAACUGCUUCAUAACCGAAGAAGAACGGGCCGAGCGUGACGAAGAGCGCGAAGAAAAAGAAACAAUGAAAGCAUACGAGGACAUGAUCCUAAAAUCCCCCACAAUGAUUCCUAUGACCCCCAGUGCGAUCCCAAUGACACCAGGCCCUGGAGGGACAGCGACGGCGACAGCUCAAUUCCCACGUUCGCCAAUGCCCGUGGUGACGCCGCGCAGUCUGGCGUUUAACCGACUCGACUCGAACGACGCGUCUACGCCCACGUCUACGGACCUUCCUCUUCGAGAACAUUUUACUGCGCCAACGCCCCAGGCUGUUUCUGUCAGCCAAGAAGUCGAAGCCGAGCCGACAAUUCAGCAGCCCCAGCCGCAGAUAUAUUUCCCGCCGCCCCCUAAGAAGGCAAAGAAAUGA